AUGGAUGUUGAAAAAAUGAUUCACAAAAAUGAUAUUGUUACAUCAGCUUCAGGUGUAAUAGCAUUACUAAAUGAGGAAGACGCUAGCUUGAAAAUUUUUGGAUUAGAAAAAUUAAAUUCAGUAGUAGAUAUAUAUUGGCCUGAAUUAGCUGAUUAUAUUUUUAAAAUUGAAGAAUUAUGUGAAGACGAUGAAUUUAGUGGUAAAGAGCUAGCAAAUUUAGUUGCAAGUAAAGUUUAUUAUCAUUUAGAAAAAUAUCCAGAAGCUUUAAAAUAUGCUUUAUGUGCAGGUAAACUAUUUAAUAUUAAUGAAAAAUCUCAAUAUAUUGAAACAAUGCUUGCAAAAUGCAUUGAAAAAUAUGUAGAAAUAAGAGAAAAAAAUUAUGAAGGUGUAGAUCCAGAUCCAAGUAACACUGGUCGAAAUAAUGGUAUUAAUUAUUCUACUAAUGAAAACAGUUUUAGUAGUUCAUAUACUUUAAAUACAAAUUAUAAUAACAUCGAUCCUGAAUAUAAGAAAGGAAAAAAUGGAUUAAACACACAAAAUAAUAUUGACGAUAACAAUAGGAACAUAUAUGACAGUUAUGAUUAUAAUGGUAAAGGCAUAAAUCUUAACGGUUCCACAAAAAAUAGUAAUACUUUAUUAAGUAGAGAUAAUGAAAAUUAUAAAAUAAAAGAGGAGAAUAAUAUAUUUAAAUAUGAUCUAAAUAAUGAUAUAAAUAAAAAAAUGGAAAUUUUUGUUGAUGAUAUGCUAGAAAUAUGUAUAAAAAAUAAUAGUAUUAAGGAAGCAUUAGGAGUUGCUCUUGAUGCUAGACGUUUAGAUAAAGUAGAAUAUAUAAUAUUAAAUGCACCAAAUAAAUUAGAAAUAUUACAGCAUUCUAUAUCUAAUGAAAGACAUAUUAAUACAACAAAAAAAUUCCGUGAUGAUUUUUUUAAAUUACUUGUAAAAAUAUAUCUAUCAAUGAAUGAAGAAGAAAUAAAAUAUGAAUAUGUAAAUUUAUGUGAAUGUUUAUUUUAUAUUAAUGAUUAUAAAACAGUUGCUGAAAUUUUAUUAAAACUAAUAGAAAAUUAUCAUUUAAUGGUAUAUCAAAUUUCAUUUGAUUUAGUAGAUUUAGAAAAUAUUAAUUUUUUAAAAAAUAUUUUAAAAGAAAUCAAAGAGAUUAUAAUUAAAAAUAAGUCUUACUAUUAUGGUGAAGAAAAUUAUAAACAUCUAAAUACAGACUUAUUAAAAAAAAAUAGCAGUAAUAGUGCCAUCAGUGAAGGAACAAAUGAAGCCGUAAAAAGUGAAAAUACAUCUGAAAAAGAUGAACAAAAAGAAAAUAAUCAAGACUCAAGUAAUGCAGAAAACGAUCAAGAUAAUGUAGAAAAUGCUCAAGAUAAUUCAGAAGGUACUGAUCCAGCAAACCCCACUUCUACUUCUGUAAAUGAUGAAAAUAAAAAUUCUAAAGAAAACGAAGAAAAAGAUAAAAUCCCUGAAGAUGUACUUAUGUAUGUAAAUGAAGAACAUCAUUUAUAUGAAAAAAUUAAAAAAUUAAUUUUUAUAUUAACAGGAAAAAUAACAACAAGUUUAUAUAUCGAAUUUUUACAUCGUAAUAAUCAUGCUGAUUUAAUUUUACUAGAUAGUUAUAAAAAUGUAAUAGAUUCAAGAAGCAGUAUAACACAUCAUGGUAUUGUUAUAGCACAUGGAUUAAUGCAAGCAGGAACAACAUGUGAUGUCUUUUUACGAUCAAAUAUUGAAUGGUUAUCUAAAGCAGUAAAUUGGGCUAAAUUUUCAUCAACUGCUUCAUUAGGAGUUGUAUAUAAAGGCCAUGUCAAUGAAUCGUUUAUGGUAUUAUCAUCCCAUUUACCAUAUAAUGAUAUAUCACGACAAAUUACAAAUAAUAUAAAUGCAAACAUAUCACAAAGUGAUGUAUAUUCAGAAAGUGGCUCUUUAUAUGCAUUGGGUCUAAUACAUGCUACUUAUAAUACAAAUUAUAAAAAAGUUCGAGAUUUUUUAUUAUCGCAAUUAAAAGCAAGUAACAAUAAUGAAGUAUUACAACAUGGUUGUUGUUUAGGGUUAGGUUUAGUAUGUUUAGAACAAAAUGAUGAUGAACAAGUAUAUGAUGAAUUAAAGUCUGUUAUGUAUUCCGAUUCUGCAGUAGCUGGUGAAAGUGCCGCAUACGCAAUUGGUUUAUUAAAAUUAGGUAGUGGAGAUGAAAAAUGUGUUGAUGAAUUAUUAGCAUAUGCACAUGAUACACAGCAUGAAAAAAUAACAAGAGCAUGUAGUAUAAGUUUAGGUUUUGUUAUGUUUCAAAAAGAAAGAGAAGCAGAUAAUUUAAUAGAAGAAUUAAUUAAUGAUAAAGAUGCAAUAAUUAGAUAUGGUGGUAUGUUUACAAUUGCAUUAGCAUAUUGUGGUUUAUCAAGCUAUAAUAAACAUGCUAUUAAAAAAUUAUUACAUUUUUCAGUUUCAGAUGUAAGUGAUGAUGUUAGAAGAGCAGCUGUUAUUGCAUUAGGUUUUGUUUUAUGUAAUGCUCCUGCACAAGUUCCAAUGUUUUUAAAUUUAUUAAUAGAAAGUUAUAAUCCGCAUGUACGAUAUGGUGCUGCUUUAGCUUUGGGUAUUGCAUGUGCAGCCACAGGUAAUGAAGAAGCUGUUAAUAUGUUAAUGCCACUUUUAACAGAUACUACAGAUUUUGUUAGGCAAAGUGCUUUUAUAUCAUUAGGCUUAAUCUUCCAACAAUCUAAUGAAAAUGUUAGUCCAAAUUUUAAAAAAUUUAAAGAUGAAAUAAUGAAAAUUUUAUCAGAUAAACAUGAAGAUAUUAUUGCUAAAUUUGGUGCUACUGUAGGACUUGGAUUAUUAGAUAUAUGUGGACGAAAUGCCAUUUCAACAUUUUUUACAAGACGAGCUAAUAUUAUAAGACCUCAAUCAGCAGUUGGUUUUUGUUUAUUCUGUCAAUUAUGGUAUUGGUUUCCAUUAAUUCAUAUGAUUAGUUUAACUUUCUUACCAACUUGUUUAAUUGGAUUAACAGAAGAUUUUAAAGUACCUAAAAAUUUUACUAUCUUAUCAACAAAAAAUCAAGCAUUUGAUUAUCCUUCCUUUUUAAGUAAAGAAAAAGUUCAAGAAAAAAAAGAAACUGUUACUGCUAUUUUAUCAACAACUGAUAAAAGAAAAACAUUAAAAUUAAAAAAACAAAAAAAUGAAAAUAAAUUAACAAAGGAAAAAAAUCCACAAGAUGAUAGUAGUUCAGUUUUAUCUGAUGGAAAGUCUAUGAAAAAUUUAGAAAUUUUAAGUACUGCUGCAACUAUAGGACAAUCAAGUCAUGUCUCUCAUGCAGAAAGUGUUGAAGGAAGUGCAAAUGAUGAAAAUUCCAACGACAAUCAAAAUGAUGCAAAUCAAUUUUCACAGCUACAACGAAUUAAAAAAUCAGACAAGGGAAAAUCUUCAUCUCUUUCUCAAGCCACUACGGUUGAUAUGAAAAACCCAUGCAGAGUCAUAAAAACGCAAGAGAAAUAUAUAGAAUACCCUCCAAGCAACAGAUUCAAGCCUAUCAUUAGCAUCAGGAAAUCCGGAUUCGUUAUGCUUUCAGAUACGACACCAACCGAACCUUUUGAUUUUAUUGAGCCUAAGUUAGAAAGUGGAACUAAGAAAGAGCUCCCACCAUUUGAGCCUUUUUCUUGGAAAGAUGAAAAUUAA